AUGGGUUGCGGCUUGAGCCAAAGUAGAACUCCGUCGCCUCCGCCGAUCCCCCUUCCAGCCCAAGCACCGCAGCUGGCCCCAGACGAGGUAGCCCCAAUGUUUCCGGAUUCAUCCGAGACCCAACUGGCUCUCCGUGUUUCGCUGGAGGAGCAGCGAGAGCGUGCCCGUCAAGACACCGCCGCUACCGGCAAUAAUGAUUCUCCGCAGGGACCGGACGUGAUGGAGAUGGACUGGGAGACGAUGAGUGAGGAUCAGCAGCUGGAGUGGGCUCUGCGGAUGGAGCAAGAGGGAGGACAAGCCGACGCUGCUCAAGAUCACACGAUGGAUACCACCGCUCCGCAGGGCUCGAAUGAUGACGACGAUCUGAUGAACAACCCGGAGCUGCUGCAACAACUCGUCAACGAUCUGCCCAGCGACGCGAGCAAGCCGGACAACAACAAGAAGGAGAAGAAGGCCGAAGACGGACCCUCCAAA